AAUUCAGACUCUCGCUCACCUCGCGCAAACACCUCACCUCACCUCGCCCUUUCUCCUACCUUGCGCGCACUCAGACCUAAUAUUCAAUCACCCUCUUAAUCACGUCCCCCCUCUCCCCGGGCGAAACGCAUAAAUGGCCACCAACACCAACCCCACCGCUCCCCCCGAGGGAACCAACUAUCUCGACCUCGGCAUCACGCUGGCACUCAACAACUGGCCGGCCCUGACACUUGCCGUGCAAUCCAACUGGGGCGGGCCGACCUCGUCCGACAAGCGGGACUGGCUGUGUGGCGCGAUCUCCGAGAUGCUGGCGGAGCGGCCGGAGACGGACUCGUACGAUCUCGAGGACGUGCUGGUGCAGGUGAUGACGGACGAGUUCGAUGUGGACGUGGACGACGAGAGCGCGGCGGCGGUCGCGGAUCAGAUCAUGGAGCUGAAGGCGCAGACGGAGCGCGGUGAGUACGCCACCAUUCAGCAGAUGUGGGAGGUGUAUCAGCGGAAAGGUGGUGCGCAGGGAGCUGUCGCGGGGAUUCAGAGGGGUGCGGCGGCGGAUGGGGAUAGUGAUGAUGAUGAGGAUGAUGAAGAUGAAGAUGAGGAGGAUGGCAUGGAUGUGGAUAUGGAGGAUGCGACGGCGCCUGCGUUGGUGCGCGCGCCCAGGGAAAAGGCCGAGCCGGAGGUGGAUGAGGAUGGGUUUACGACGGUUGUGUCUAAGAAGCGCCGGUGAUCUGGGAUUCUGGAUUCCUUCUUUUCUCUUUGGUCCUUGAUGAGUUCGCUUCUUCGAGCUGUAUGCAUUCCGAUUCCCCCCUUUGACAUAGAUAAAUACACUGCCAUGGUUUACUCUCCUGGACUCUUUUUGUCAUGUGUAUAUGAAGCAAUGCUGGACAUGGCGGGAUUUAUAGCGCGUUUGAGUCGCUUUUGAUCGACAUGGGAGCGACAAAUGGAAUAGAUAUUCAGCAAGAAAGGAAAAAUGACAUUCAUCAUCAUCAGCCAACGUUACUCUUGUCUUGGUCGAGCCCGUUCCCGCCCAGGCCACCCUACAUGUGCUGAGCCCGACAAAUCUUUUGCUGUUGGCUGCGGUAAGAGCUACUGGGAGUUAUGAUGCCGACAAGCCGAUUAUUUGCGCAUUUACUCGGCAACAACCUCGUCGUUCUCAAUCAGCUUGGUAAUCAUACCAAUGGCGAUGGUUUGUCCCUGAGUGUGUCUGUU